GGAAGGAGCGCGGCGGCGGCUUCGGCGGCGGCGGGCGAGCUGUCGGCGGCCGCGUCUGAUGAGCCGAAGGGGUUACUGCUGUCUCUACAGUCAGGAAUCACUCCUGGCGGUGCUCGGGAGACCAUAUGGGAUGCUGGAGAUAGAACCCCAGUGCAAGGCCCUUUGGAUCAGAUAGUUGCCAUGUUUAAGUAUUAGCAUUUGUGUACAUCUCCAUUUGAAAAUGGCAAAGAGAAACAACAAUGAAGAAGUGAUUCACUUGAACAACUUUCACUGCCACAGAGGGCAAGACUGGAUCAAUGUCAGAGAUGGACCCAUCACCAUAUCUGACUCCUCUGAUGAAGAAGGGGUUCCAAUGCUGGUCACCCCAGCUGCUCAGCAACACGAUGAUGAUGACCUGGAUGAUGAUGUUAUCCUGACAGAAACAAAUAAACCUCAGACACCAAGACCCAAUCCCAUCAAACCAGCUGCCCAGUGGCAAGAUCUCAAAAGAUUGGGAGAAGAAAGGCCUAAAAAGUCUAGAGCAGCAUUUGAAUCAGAUAAGAGCGGCUAUUUUUCAAUGUAUAACAGCUCAUUGUUUAAUUCUGGGGCACAGGAUGAUUCUGAGGAUGAAUACGGUACAUUUCUGGAUCUUGGGACUUCUGCAGUUUCAGAAUUAAUUAAGCCAAAUCGCCAAGCUGAAAGAGAACCCAAGCCUGGACCCAGCCAGAACCAAGCAGCAAAUGACAUUGUCAACCCUAGAUCAGAGCAGAAAAUCAUUAUCUUGGAAGAAAGUAACCUGUUCCCAGAUAGUGACACUUUGGAAAUUCAGAAUCAGUCAUCUGAAGACUCAGAGUCAGAACUUUUAUCAAACCUUGGAGAACCAACUGCUGUUAUAGAUGAUCAGGCCAUCGAGGAAGACUGCUGGUUAGACCACCCUUACUUACAGUCUGUAAAUAAAAAGCCUCAGGAGAUAACAAAUCAGGUUGUUCCUCAGGAACGACAGCCUGAAGUGGAUCAGGGCCCAUUGUUGUACAAACAUGAACCUCCAGGAUCGACUUUUCCAAGGCCAGCUUUUCCACGACCAGAACCUCAGCAGGAUAGAAUUCCGCGUCCCCCUUCCCCUCAUCCAGCUCAUCCUCUUGAAGAACUUGAAGACCAGCAAUUAGCAAUAGAUGAUGAAGUGCCAGGACCAGCCUUCCCAAUUCAGAGAUCUCAGGAACCCAAUUUGAAAAAGUUUUGGGGUCAAGAAGCUCCUACAGUAGAUCAAGAACUUGUUGCACUAUUAGUGAAAGAAACAGAAGCAAGAUUUCCAGAUGUAGCAAAUGGGUAUAUAGAAGAAAUAAUUCAUUUGAAGAAUUACUACGAUUUAAAUGUACUUUGUAAUUUCCUUCUGGAAAACCCAGAUUAUCCAAAGAGAGAAGAUAGAGUCAUUAUCAACCCCAGUAGCAGCCUGCUUGCCAGCCAGGAUGAGACAAAGAUGCCUAAGAUAGACUUCUUUGACUAUUCAAAAUUGGCUCCUCUUGACCAACGCUGCUUCAUCCAAGCUGCUGACCUCUUGAUGGCUGAUUUCAAAAUGCUUAGCAGUCAGGACAUCAAAUGGGCCCUGCAUGAACUCAAGGGACACUAUGCAAUCACCCGAAAGGCCUUUUCCGAUGCCAUUAAAAAAUGGCAGGAGCUAUCACCAGAAACCAGUGGAAAAAGAAAAAAGAGAAAAGAAAUGAAUCAGUAUUCUUACAUAGAUUUCAAAUUUGAACAAGGUAACAUAAAAAUAGAAAAGAGAAUGUUCUUUCUGGAAAACAAGCGGCGGCAUUGUAGGUCCUACGAGCGGCGUGCCCUCCUGCCAGCUGUGCAGCAAGAACAGGAGUUCUAUGAGCAGAAAGUCAAAGAGAUGGCAGAGCACGAAGAUUUUUUGCUUGCCCUGCAAAUGAAUGAAGAACAGUAUCAAAAGGAUGGCCAGCUGAUUGAGUGCCGUUGCUGCUACGGGGAAUUUCCAUUUGAGGAGCUGACGCAGUGUGCAGAUGCUCACUUGUUCUGCAAGGAGUGUCUCAUCAGAUAUGCCCAGGAAGCGGUCUUUGGGUCUGGAAAGUCAGAGCUUAGCUGCAUGGAAGGCAGCUGCACAUGUUCGUUCCCAACCAGCGAGCUGGAAAAGGUGCUACCCCAAACCAUUCUGGGUAAAUACUAUGAGCGGAAAGCUGAAGAAGAAGUUGCUGCAGCCUAUGCUGAUGAGCUUGUCAGGUGUCCUUCCUGUAGCUUUCCUGCUCUGUUGGACAGUGAUGUGAAGAGAUUCAGUUGUCCCAAUCCUCGAUGCCGAAAGGAAACCUGUAGGAAGUGUCAGGGACUCUGGAAAGAGCACAAUGGCCUCACCUGUGAGGAGCUGGCUGAAAAAGAUGACAUCAAGUACCGAACAUCUAUUGAGGAAAAAAUGACCGCUGCGCGUAUCAGGAAGUGCCACAAGUGUGGGACCGGCCUCAUCAAAUCUGAGGGCUGCAACCGAAUGUCUUGCCGCUGCGGUGCCCAGAUGUGCUACCUCUGCCGAGUUUCUAUCAAUGGCUAUGACCAUUUCUGCCAGCACCCUCGCUCGCCUGGAGCCCCAUGCCAAGAGUGUUCAAGAUGCUCUCUGUGGACCGACCCUACUGAGGAUGAUGAGAAGCUCAUUGAAGAAAUCCAGAAGGAGGCUGAAGAGGAGCAGAAAAGGAAGAAUGGAGAGAACACCUUCAAGCGCAUCGGCCCCCCCUUGGAGAAGCCUCCUGAGAAAGUGCAGCGGAUGGAGGCCCUACCCCGACCUGUCCCGCAGAACCUGCACCAGCCACAGAUGCCCGCCUACGCCUUCGUGCCCCCGCCCUUCCCUCUGCCCCCCGUCCGGCCCAUGUUCAACAACUUCCCCCUCAACAUGGGCCCCAUCCCUGCACCCUAUGUGCCCCCGCUGCCCAACGUGCGGGUCAACUAUGAGUUUGCACCUGUCCACGUGCCCCUGGAGCACAACCUGCCCAUGCACUUUGGCCCCCAGCCCCGGCAUCGCUUCUGACGGCCAGGAGCCCACGGACAGUUCCCACUGAGCAGCCCCAGCCUGUGUGGGUGGGUUAGCGAGGUCCCCUCACCCCUGAGACAGCUCUGCCCCUGCCUUCAAGUAGGACUGGUGGAGUGACCCCACACAGGCCGGGUCAGGAAGAGCCUCUACCGCUUGCAAAAGUGACUGGCAGCCCACACACCUUGAGUCCCACUCAGGAUUGAACUGGGGCUCCCUGGAGAUUGGGGACUGCCACACCCUCUCCCUGCAGAGCUCUGCCAUCCUCCUAGAGGCCGGCGCCAUAGUCCCAGGCCCCGGGCAAGCCCUCCAGCUGUGUCCCGCGCAUUCCUGCAGAAGACUGAGGAUGCUGCCCGCUCUGCUGCCGCCACUGCUCUCCCUCCCAGACCACGUAGGCCUUCCUCCCUGCCACGCAGCCAGGGCAGAGCCAAGGUAGCAGCAGGUACAGUCCAGCUCUCCUGCCCCACCCCUGCACUUGGGCCACUGAGACAGAUACCCUCUGCUCCGACCCAGCCUCUCUCUCCGAGGCUCAGGUUAGUCCAAGCUGAAAGGUGGUGGGUUGGUAUGAGCAGGCCUUUCAGGGGGCUCUCCCCUGCCCUCCUGAGCCACUCACAGGAGCCCCCAGAGAGCCAUCUCACUGCUGGGGGCUCCAUUCCAUAGUUUCUCUAAAAAUCGUUCACUGUUUACUUAGAACUGACCCAGGUUUCUGUGACCUGCUAGAGCUUCUCUCCCUGGUCUAAGAAACCUGCCCCCACUGGCAGCUCCGGAGGGCCAGCCGGAAGGUCCUUAGAGGAGCAGGGACAGGCCUGAAGGCUGCCCCAUGCAGCCCGACGGCUCUGAGCCUUCUCUGCCACCGCCUUGCUCCUGAAAUCUGGUGGGGACACAGCUUUCCUUGGGGCCCUGUCCCCCAGAAUGCCGCCCCAUUGGCGUUGCUGGUGCCCUCUUUCCGCAUUCUGUCUUAAUGACGAGGGCAUCAGGAGGAGGGCUCUGCCGCGGCCAUGGGGUUGUCCUUGGCUUUGAUGUCCGGCAGUCCACUCGGAUCAGCUAGCCACGCCUGCACUUCAGUGACCAUGGGUCUGCACUGUGUUCGCAUGUGCCACCUUCUCUGGUCAAGAUGGCCCCCGACAUCCACUCAGUGCAGAGUAUGGGUGUGGCCUUGGCUGCCCUAUCGGCAGCAGAUGCAGUGAAGCCCCUCACCAAGGUCACCUGCGCCUACUCGCUGCUGCCCCUCCAGUGAGACCUGAUGGAGGCAAGUGAUCAUCUGGCGUGGCGCACCGCCUGACCUUUGCCACUGGCCUGCCUGGCCCUGCCCUAGGAAAGCUCUGCCCCAGGCACACUGCUGGCAUUGUGGCGGGAUGGCUUGAUGAAGCGUGUCCCCCACACCUCUGAGAGGAUCUGAGCAGUGAGCCAUCUGCCCACCAGAUGGGCGGAGGAACCCAGGCGCUGUCACCUCCCCCACCAGUGACAGCACUCACUGGGGCCUCAAGCACAGGGACCUCUUCGGCCUCCUACAGUGAAUGGCUCUUCUGAAGGAGCCCACAGGACGUGGAUCACAGAGUCGGGCUGCUGUGGGGACAGGUCUAGUGACCCGAAGGCCUUGGCAUUGAUGUCCAGCAGUCCAGUAGGAUCAGGCCAGAUCCCAGGCCAAGGAGGGAGGAGACUGAAAGGAAACGGAAGAUGGUCCUCGGCAGGGAGCUCCGAGCUGCCAGCUCCGUGCAUCCCAGCCACCACGCCAUGGUAAGGAGGGCACUGCCGAGAGCUCCCACCAGCUGACCCGCCGACAGGUGCCGUAGAACACAGAUGCCAGAACCCCGUGGCAGCCAGCCCCCAUCAGAGACAAACAGCCCCAUCUGGGGAUGAAGCUGCCUUCCUAGGCCACCAUGCUGACUCCCCAGAGUGACCGUCCCCUUCUACUUGCCUUAAAACUGGAGAGAGGAAUCUAGUAUUUGCACUUAGCAGAGGAUUUCAAAAUUUAAAGUGUUGCAUGACCAACCCGUCACUUUGCAUAAAAUAGUUUAUUAAAAUUUUCUUUUACCUUCUGGUAGUAAAGAUGCAGUGACGGUUUAAACUGCUGUGUGUAAAAAGCCUGUACAGUAUGUAACUUGGACUCUUGUAAAUAAACGUCAUGCAUUCCA